GUUUUGGCGUGACGUCACACAACAUCAUGGCGGCGUACGUGCUGAACACAAACACCGCACACUUUUACCCACGAAGAUAAGCAAUCGGAUAAUGACAAACGAUUCGAUUUGCGUUUAAAUGGUCAAGUCAAAUGAUGAACAAGAAAACUGACGGCGAAAUAUGCCAAAUCCAAGAAAGCACGAUCAUAACACUGGCUCAAAUGACUUAAGUGAAAUCUGGAGUCAUGGUUCCACAUUUUCACAAAAAAGGCUGAGAACAAACAAAUCGGGUAAAAGUCAGAAACUGACACCCCAAUCUUCACCUUCUGUCAGGAAGUCACCACAUACUCGUUCUAAAGAUCUGGAGACCCCCAAACGACGAGCGAGGGGCAGAUACACGGGUUUAAACAACACUGCUGAUUCCCCCGGGGAUGGAGAUAUUUUACAAGACAUCAUAUGGGACCCGGCAUCACCGACUCCUGCUAGAAGUGGCGAAGGGCCCGGCAACACCAGAGUUGUUGAGAUAUCAGACAUUGUCAAUCGGAUCGCCCCUAAGGAUGCCCAGCAUGUCUCUGUGGAUAGUCCUCUGCUCCAGUGGAUUGGGGACAGUGCUGUCCCAUGUACCCCAGAGGUACGCCCGCCCAAAGCAAGGAAGAGAUCCACUCGGAAAAGCUCAGUGGAGGACUUGAUGCAGCUGGCCAGGCAGUUUGACAUCAACAUGCACCAGCAGGACCGAGAGAAGAGGAGCGCUGAACACACAAACAAUACCAUAAACAACAACCGCUACGGGGAGGAACCCAAGGGCCCGACGACAAUGUCGUCAUCAGCCCAGCAGGUAGAGGCGGAGCUUAACGCUCUGUUCGACGGGCCGACGCAGCGAGUCACCGGACGGCUCAGCCAAGGGUCGACCGCCUCCACCUGUCCUCAGGAGGUCAAGGUUCAAGUUGAGGUCAGCCGUCUCACUGCCGAUGACCUCGUCAAAGAGUCGGAGUUCAAGCCUGGCGGGGGAAGCACGUCUGGUUCAUCGGCUCGUACUGGUAAAGAGGAAGUGGGACAGUGGAACGCCAUGACGACUGUGGCGAAAGACGAGGACUUUGACUGGGAGGAUGAUGACCUUCUCAGUGACCCUAUCGUGUUGGAGAUGACCCAGAAUCCCGAGGGGCUGAAAACGCUGUCCCCCAAACCCAGCAGCUCACUGACUCUGAGCACUGACAGAGACCACACACAGCUGCUGACAGAUACAGAGAAGACCCUACCACCCUCCUCUACUACCUCUAAUCCUAUCAGCCUGCCCUCUCACUCUGUCUGGAAGGGGACAAGCACACACCUUCAACCCUCAAACAGAGGUGGCCUCACUGGGCCAUGUCCUAAACCCAAGCCCACCAGCAGAAGCACUUUCCUGCUGGAGCCCAACCUUUGUUUCCAGGUGAAUAUGGCUCCGACAACCAAAGAAGCACUCAGACCGUUCCUCACUGUUGGAGAGGCCCAGCCUGAGAGACCCAGGCCCGGCGUGUCUGCGGCUGUGGGGAGUAGGGGCCCCAGUAGAGACUCUGCAGAAGGGAAGGCUGAUGGGGUGAGCACAGCCACAACUCCAACCUCACGUGGAACCACAGCCCCAGACUCCGCUUUCAAAGACCUCUCAGAGGAGGACCUCCAGUCCCUGUUUGACUCUGAGUUGCUUUGGAACGACGACGAAGGUGACGAUGACGAACUGCUGUAUCAGGUGUGUGACGACAUGGAGAGGAUCUCCAACAGUCAGCACCUGUCCAAGGAGGCCUCCGUAACCACGGAUACCACUGAGGUCCGCUUCCAAGAGAGCAAACCGAAAGCUCCUCCAUCCGCCCCUCUGGCUGCAACGAGAGAGGGGACUGUGACUAUGGAUACGGCUGUAGGUGGUCCUAGCAGUAAACAGUCAACCACCUGCACGUCUGGCCGCUCCAACUCAGUGAGAGAGGGGACUGUGACUAUGGAUACGGCUGUAGGUGGUCCUAGCAGUAAACAGUCAACCACCUGCACAUCUGGCCGCUCCAACUCAGUGAGAGAGGGGUCUAUGACUAUGGAUAGGGCUGUAGGUGGUCCUAGCAGUAAACAGUCAACCACCUGCACCUCUGGCCGCUCCAACUCAGCACCAGGAGAUGGGAGCAGCACCCCUGUGCACUUUCAGAGAUGGAACAUUCCAGCGAAAGCAGGAAAUGUUUGGGUCGGACAUCAUACAGUCACGUCCCAGAACCAUCUAGGCAGCGGGGAGGGUCUGGGCAAGUUUACCCAGCUGAAGGGUGCUCCAGGCUGUGGAACAUUUGGCCUAGGAUCCCUUGGAGUUAGAACCUUCCAAGCGGAGAACUCAAAGUCAGUCAUGCCACGGACAGUGUCGGCGAGAACCCUCCCAAACUCAAAUUCCCAUCAUGCGUCAUCGUUCAAGAGACAUCUGUCGGACUCGGCCGCCAUCGGCAACAAAGUGUUUGUCAACAGUCAGAUGACGGGGAGAUGCACGGAGGAGGAGAUUGAGAGGAAGAAGCAGGAGGCCAUAGCCAGAAGAAGGACCAGAGAAACUUCCCUAAAAGCAGGGGGACUUCCUCUGUGACUCAACACUGGGACACUAGAUUAAUACACAGUAAACCACAAUACCUGUAGAAUAGCUAUCCUAUGCUAGGUAGGUAGCAUAAACAUGUAUCACGGUGUCUUCACAGAACACUGUCGGCGCUACUAGAACGGUUUAGCGUUACGGAGCUAUACUGCUUGAGACACACUCACUCACUCACUCACUCACUCACUCACUCACUCACUUGAGAGCUGCUACACUUUUUUUAGUUGCUAAUAUUCUCACUGUUGUUCUUUCUGGAGGUCACUGAGAAGUUGAGUAGAAUAUACAACAGCAACACUGUAUCAGGAGUCACAGCAACCGGUUGGCUUGUCAAUGCCUUUACAGCACCUCAAAGGGAGAUUUGUGUCACUUUUGUUGUUGUUGUUGUUGUUGUUUACACGUCUGUUGACAUUCCAAGUAGAUAAUGAGUCGUCUUGAUGAGCAAUGUGGAGAUCUUGUUCUACUGUCUUCCGAUAGUAUCUCUCAGAUAAACUAUAGGUCCACAACUCACCUUGUUGCUGCAACAUUAUAGUACAUUAUCGUUACACUGCAUGUGGUAUAUUAGUGCCUUGUGUUCUGCACCUUUACCCAGAAAUGAGAAUAACUCCAACACUAAGCAGGUUUCCAUCCAAACUCUUUAUGUGAGUCGGGAAAGAAAAUGUCACCACAGACCUGAUGGAAACGGCAAAUUUGUCAGUGAACUUGUCCAAAUGUCGACAAAACAAUAUAUGCUAGACAAGAUGGGAUAUGAGAUGGGUGGUAAAAGUCUAAAGUGAUGAUGCUCCUUACCAUUCAAUAUCAAGGGCUUUAUUCUGGUGACCUGAUGAUGCCCCUUACCAUUCAAUAUCAAGGGCUUUAUUCUGGUGACAUGAUGAUCGAUGCUUCCCUGCCGUUUGACAAAUAAGAAAAAAAGAUUUAUAUUUUGCCCGUAAUAAUCUCAUCAUGUAGGCUAUAGGCCUACCCACAUCUGUGAGCUGCGUGUCAAAACCAGAGUGGGGCACAUUUGCUAUACAACGCAAUUUGUAGUGACAAAGUCAUCAGUAGAGUUGAAAAUGUUAACUAGGCAAGUUCCAGAACAAAUUCUUAUUUACAAUGCCGGUCAAACCCAGAUGACUCUGUGCCAAUUGUGCUCCACCCUAUGGGACUCCCAAUCACGGCCGGAUGUGAUACAGCCCGGAUUCGAACCAGGUGAACCAGUGACGCCUCUUGCACUGAGAUGCAGUGUCUCAGACCGCUGCGCCACUCGGGAGCCCAAAUGCAAUGGAAGCCCAUUUAACUUUAUUUGUAUUCUUUAUUCAGCGCGUGUGAGAAUUUAACGACAAAAGUUAUUUUUUAUGUGCGCUCUGCCAUCACACACAGACUUUUAUCCAGUGUGAUGGAAACUCGUCUCUGGUGGGGAAAUGUCCAUGUUUCUUCUGAUUGUUUUGAAUAGUCCCAUAAACACCUGUCGCCAAUUGGAAGGAAACCUAUCUAAAAAGCUUUCAAUAAAGGUUGGAAUCCUGGCAUGUCACAUGGUGAUGUAUAAGACUAGGAGGAAGUGGUUCUGUAUCUACUUCUGUUAUCUCAAUGGGUCCAUUGUAUCAGUCAAGUCUCAGUGACUGUAGAGACAGGUUAUGACCUGGAGAGAGGUGGAGCUGUGUAUCUCCCAUCAGAUUAGUUUUUACUGUCUUUAUGUACCAGAGAUGACCAGUUAUACCUAAAAAACGACUGUGUUGACCAAAACCACCUGGCAUAUACUGUUUCAUCAAAAUGUUCAUUCAGAUUCUGUAAUCAAAGAUGAUCAAAAGCAGUGUGUUUAGAGAGAGACUGCAGCUCGGCUGUGAAUCAAGACGGCGUGAUGUUAUGUUGAAGAACUUUUACGACUUUAUUAAAACCCAAUGUGUUAGAAAAGAAAGUUGAUUUUUCCUUUCAUUUUUACUUGAAUAUGUCACUACUGACUAGAUUAGACUUUUUCACCAUCUUGUUUUUUAAUUUUUUAAUUUAUGCAUUUUAUUUUUCUUUGCGUUGUCAUAGUUACCUUGUUUUUUUUAUUUUUCUUACAGUGGUCCAUAUUUACACAGGUCACAGUGAUAUGAACAGAAAGACCACAGUAUCAUGCCACUUAUACAAUAUUACUAGAUGGUGUUAUUCAUUCUGAGUCAAAACCACCAUUAAACUAUCAUCAAAACCAUGCUA